AUGAAUCCAGUCGUCCUCAAGGAGACCCAGACUGUGGAGCAGAAGCUGGCAAAAAGAGAGGUCCUAUCUUCUGGACCUAAGCAUUCGCACUUCAGGUCCCUUCAACACCCACAGGGAGCUCCAGACCUGCCCUUCAACACGCAGCGCGCCGAGCCCAGCCAGAGGCGGGCUUUAAAACGAAGCGGAGCAGGGGAAUUCAAGCAUUGCCGGCCGCCAGGGGCGGGCAGCGGGGUGUGGAAAAGGCGCGGAGCUUCCCUCGGCCCGCCCCUCCUGCCUGCCUCCCCGCCCCUCCGCCCGCCCCUGCUGCCUGCCUGCCUGCCUGCCCCGAGGCCUGCCCCUCCUGCCUGCCUCCCCGCCCCUCCGCCCGCCCCUGCUGCCUGCCUGCCUGCCUGCCCCGAGGCCCGCCCCUCCUGCCUUCCUGCCUCCCUGCCCCGAGGCCCGCCCCUCCUGCCUGCCUGCCUCCCUGCCCCCGAGGCCCGCCCCUCCUGCCUGCCUGCCUCCCUGCCCCCGAGGCCCGCCUCUCCUGCCUGCCUGCCUCCCUGCCUGCCCCGAGGCCCGCCCUCUCCUGCCUGCCUCCCCGCCCCUCCGCCCGCCCCUGCUGCCUGCCUGCCUGCCCCGAGGCCCGCGCCUCCUGCCUGCCUGCCUCCCUGCCCGGAGGCCCGCGCCUCCUGCCUGCCUGCCUCCCUGCCCGGAGGCCCGCCCCUCCUGCCUGCCUGCCUCCCUGCCCGGAGGCCCGCCCCUCCUGCCUGCCUGCCUCCCUGCCCCCGAGGCCCGCCUCUCCUGUCUGCCUGCCUCCCUGCCUGCCCCGAGGCCCGCCCUCUCCUGCCUGCCUCCCCGCCCCUCCGCCCGCCCCUCCUGCCUGCCUGCCUCCCUGCCUGCCCCGAGGCCCGCCCUCUCCUGCCUGCCUCCCCGCCCCUCCGCCCGCCCCUCCUGCCUGCCUGCCUCCCUGCCUGCCCCGAGGCCCGCCCUCUCCUGCCUGCCUCCCCGCCCCUCCGCCCGCCCCUCCUGCCUGCCUGCCUCCCUGCCCGGAGGCCCGCCCCUCCUGCCUGCCUGCCUCCCUGCCCGGAGGCCCGCCCCUCCUGCCUGCCUGCCUCCCUGCCCCCGAGGCCCGCCUCUCCUGUCUGCCUGCCUCCCUGCCUGCCCCGAGGCCCGCCCUCUCCUGCCUGCCUCCCCGCCCCUCCGCCCGCCCCUCCUGCCUGCCUGCCUCCCUGCCUGCCCCGAGGCCCGCCCUCUCCUGCCUGCCUCCCCGCCCCUCCGCCCGCCCCUCCUGCCUGCCUGCCUCCCUGCCUGCCCCGAGGCCCGCCCUCUCCUGCCUGCCUCCCCGCCCCUCCGCCCGCCCCUCCUGCCUGCCUGCCUCCCUGCCUGGAGGCCCGCGCCUCCUGUCUGCCUGCCUCCCUGCCCCCGAGGCCCGCCCCCAGCCAAACUCCGCCUCCCGCGGUGGCUCCACCUCCCUCGCCGCGCAAAAGGCCCGUCGCGGCCCCUUCCCAAAACCCGGAGAAGUGGAUCCAGCGCUCCGUACAGCCCCGCCCAGGCCGCAGUCUAGACGAGCCCGUCCGGGCGUGUCGGCAGGAAGCCCGGCCCAGCGCCUCGAAGAAGGAGCCGUUUCCGAGCACAAGCGGAUGCGGCCCCAGGUCCGCGCGGGUGAGCUUGCCGCGGGCCCCGACAGCUCGGGCCUCCUUCCGGUCCCGCUCCCCGUGCUCCGGGAUCCGGGCGCUAGGCCGCCGCUGCAGUAUAUGUUCCCCCUCCCCCAGCUCCCCAUCCCGGUCCUCAGUCCGGAACCCGGCACCCCCUCACCGUCUCCUAGCAGCGCCGUGA